UUUCCAACUCCACAAUGGAUACUAAUUCUCAGUAUCAAAACCCUAACCCUAAAACUGACCCUGAUCAAUAUAUUACUAAUCGGCUGUUCGAUGACUCAUUAUAUUUUGAAGUUUCGGAUUAUUUCGUGAUGGACAAUGGCUCUGAAGAAGAUAUUUUCGUGGAAAAUACAAUCCCACCAGCUGAAAACGUAGUCAAUGAAUCUUCAAAUCCAAGUCCAGUGGCCAGAAACAUGGUACAUAGAAGAAGAGAAAAGAAAUACAAGUCACAGAGCGAGUUUAAGUUCGCGUUGAGAACCAAAUCAAAUAUCGAAAUCAUGGAUGAUGGAUUUAAAUGGAAAAAAUAUGGGAAAAAGAUGAUCAAGAACAGCCCAAAUCCAAGGAACUAUUUUAAAUGCCAAAGGGAUGGAUGCAAUGUGAAGAAAAGGGUAGAAAGGGAUAGAGAGGACCCCAGAUAUGUGAUAACAACCUAUGAAGGAGUGCACUACCAUGAAAGCCCCAAUUGUGUGGUCUGUUGCAAUAACCAAUUGCCUACUCAUGGAUUGACUUUACACCAAUCGUCGUCUCUCUCUUUCUCUCCUUCUCCCAUACUAUAAUUAGUUAUAAUAAUUCAGUGAUGUGGAUUAUAUGUUCACUAUUAUAGACUAGUUAUGACUUGUUCAAGGUGGAUCAUAGGAUAUUGAAAUGAAACUGAUUUUGCAUUAUAUUGUCUAGCUUUGUUCAAUACCAUAGUUAUGACUUGGUCGAGAUAAGGUGAAUUAUGUAGUAUUAAUCAAUAAAAAAUAGGACUUUAUUUA